AAUACUUGGUAUGCCACGAUUGUAGUAUGCCAACCAAUUCUGGUUAAAACUCUAUUUCAACCCAUAAUCAAUUUCUACACGUUGUGGAACACCAACUAUUAUAACUCGACGCGUAAUGAUAGAUUUUUUGUAUACAGUCAGGUAAUGGUUAGUUAGUGCCACAUCGGAUAUACUCCUUAUGCUGAUUAUUUUUAAUGGGAGGGAAGAGUGCCACCUACGUCACGCUAACCAAUACCUGACUGUAAAUACAUAUAUUUUAUAUUUAAUUAUAUAAUUUUUUUCUUUUGAAUAAAUAAUUGUACUUUUAAUUAUUUCUUAAAAAUCUUAUUUUUUUAUACGUCAAUUAUAUAUAUUAAAAAAAACAUAGAUAUUUGGUACAAAAUUAUUUUUUUACAGGUUAAAAUCUGAUGCGAUUGGUUCCGCCCCCUACCUAGCUGUAGGGCGUGAAGUCCCCGACUCCGUCGGGGAAACGGCUACGGCCUUGCAAUUGAAUCUAACCAAAAACUUUUUUUCCAGCCAAAAUUUCAAAAUACCUCAAAACUCAGACAAUACUACUCGAGCUCGAACAGUACCAUCUAUUUCCUUAUCAAUUGAACCACAAUUAAAUUUACAUAAAAAGUCUGACCAAAACAUUUAUGCGUUGCAAUCUGGCGGUGGCUUUACGAAGAAAAAUAAGAAAAAUGUUUUUAAAGAUCAAAAUUAUUAUAAAGAGUUUAACAUUAUUGCCCCAUGCUACUUUGUUCAUGGUUCCUAUAGUCAAGACAAUAUUGCACUUUUUGGUUCAUAUUCUAAUAAUAAUCAAUGUACAGCAAAUUCAAUUGCAGCAAUUGCAUAUGCUCAUGUCGUUCCUAUAUCAAGUUGGUUAACGAGUACAAUGGAUGAUAUUCUCUUAAAAGGUAAUGAAAUAUACGUAAUUUCUCGUAAGACAAAAAAUAUUGCAAAAUCUUAUCUAAAUGUAGAAGAAGUUUGUGAUAAAUUUAAUAUUUUAAACACCAAAAUUAACAUUCAGCUUGAAAGCUUGGAAAAUGGUAAAGAAGUUAAUACAUUAUUUUUUGGUUUGCAAGGUGAAAUUCUUGGACGUGGUGGAGAAUAUAGCCUUGAAUAUGCACUGCAGCAUUUUUUUACUUAUUUUGAAUUUGGAGUAAUUACUACAACUAAUUCAAUAUCAGUGGCAAUUUUCAAGAUUAAUAAUAUUUAUUAUUACUUUGAUAGUCAUCCACGUGGUGCCUUUGGUCAAUUUGUUCAGAAAAAUGGUACGUCUACAUUAUGUGGUUAUUCUGAACUUGUUUCCUUGUUUCAUAUUUUGAAGUAUAAUUUUCUGUAUGGAAAUUUGAUAUACAGUGGAAUGAUUCGUUUUUCAAUACAGCCGGUAAAUGUUAAAUUAACGAAAUUAGGUGAACUUGUAACAGCUAAAGAGUGUGAUGAAGAUGAAGUUUUAAGUGAAAAAAUUGAAUUUAAUUUAAAGAAGAAAGUUCAAAUGCAAAAUGAUGUACAAAAAUCUAAAACUUUUGAGUCCAAGAAGGAAAAUAACGCAAAAAAAAAUUUGGAUUCCAAAGAUGCAAUACUUAUCGAUAAAAAGAGUGAGUACAAUAGAAAUUAUAAAAGUUUUUUGAGAUCGCAAAGUAAAGCAUUUAAAAUGAAUGAGAAUGUAAGACGACGACAAGCACAUAAACAAAAUAGAUCUAUUUCACCAAAGAGAAUAAUGGAGAAUCUAGAUCGGAGAGAAAGACAUAGAACAGAAAGGAAAGAUCCAAAGAAAAAAUCCCUUGAAAAUGUAGAAAGAAGAGAAAGACAUAUUGUAGAAAGGAAAGACCCAAGAAUAAGAUCCCUUGAAAAUUUAGAAAGAAAAGAAAGACAUAUAGUAGAAAGGAAAGACCCAAGAAUAAGAUCCCUUGAAAAUUUAGAAAGAAAAGAAAGACAUAUAGUAGAAAGGAAAGACCAUGAAAAGAGAUUUCUUGAAAAUACAGUGAGGAAAGAAAAACUUGAAGUAGAAAGAAAAAACCCUGAAAAUAGAUUCCGUGAAAAUAUAGGUAGAAAAAUAAGACAUAAACUAGAGAGAAAUGACCCAGUUAAGAGAACCCAUGAAAAUUUAAAGAGGAAAAUUGAACGAAGACUUGAAAGAAAUGACAACAAAAAGAGAUUAAUUGAUAAUGAAGGAAGAAGACAGAGACAUUUAAAAUCACGUAAAGAUUUAAGCUUCAGAGAAAAAGAAAAUUUUUUGAGAAAAAUGAGAAUGAAAAAGGCUAGUGAUAAUAAAAUUUCGAAUGAUUUAAAGAAAAAUAAAAUUUCAAAUAAAAUUGAUAAAAAAAUUGAAAAGAAAAUCAAAUCUAAAUAUUCUGGUGUUGAUCAAACUAAAUUUGAAAAUCAAAUUCUUAUGUUUAGAGAUAGACUUAAACGAUCCCUUAAAAUUAAGAUCAAUUACAAAUAUAAGAAAAACUUGGGAAAUAAAAAUUUUAAAAUGAAAAUUAAGAAAAUGAAAGACAAAAAUCGAACUCUUUUGGAAUAUUUUUCAAAGAGAAAACAAGUAACUGAAUUUAUUUGUGGAUGUUGUGAAGGUAAAUUUUUCAAACACAAUGUAAAGAAAUUGAAUAUUGAUAGAUGUAAAUAUAAAAAUAAAUCUGAUCUUGAAGAUUUUCUCAAAAUUUCACAAUACUGUUGUACUACAUGUCACUUGUAUUUGAAUAGAAAUAAAUUGCCCACUCUUGCGAUUAAAAAUGGUCUAGAGUUUCCCGAAAUCCCAGAUUGUCUUAAAGAUUUGAGUGAUUUGGAAGAGAGAAUGGUAGCACCUAUUAUUAACUUUAUGGAAAUUAGAGAAUUGAAGAAAUAUGCAUUGAAUCCACAGAAAGGUCUAAAAGGUAGUGUUGUUCACAUACCAGUUGAAAUCAAUGACAUGGUUAAAGUUUUGCCCCGAAGAUUUGAUAACAUGGGUACAGUACAGAUCAAAUUGAAGAGACAUGAAGAUUAUAAAAAUCACUAUAUGUUUGAAACGGUACGAAUAAAGAAAGUUUUGGAAGCUAUAAAUUAUCUUAUAAAUACACCUCUUUACAAAUCUGAAGGUAUUACAGUAGAUCCAAAUUAUUUGAAAGAUAUAGAAGAUAAGGAAAUUGAAUUUAUAAGUGAUCCAGCUGAUAAAGUAAAAGAUGGAAAAGAAAAUGACCCAAGAAAAACUAAAAGUCCUAAAAAGAAAGAAGAUCCCCCUGAAAUAUUUACAUUGUCUGGUAAAACGAAAUCUCAACCACCUUCCCUUGAACCAAUUCCUGAAUGGAAUAUACAAGAUAUUCGAAAUACCGAAGUUUAUGUAACUAACCAUCAUAUAACUCGAUUUAUAGAUAUUAUAAAUAAAUGUUACACAAAUAAUUAUAUGUUUCCUACAGAUUUUAUAUGUGAUAUGGGCCUAAAACAUGUAAAGGCAAAAGGAAGAAAUAAGAGAAAUGUACAAAUUUUGUUUUUGGAACCAAAAGGAAAUGAUAAAAUUGGUCAUUGGGUUACGACUGUUCACAAAAAUAAAACCAUUUAUGUAUAUGACUCUCUAGAUUGGAAAAGUCUUAAUGAAAUUUGUUUGAAAUUUUUGAAGAAAAUGUAUCCAACAACAAUGAAAAAUAAAAAUUCAAUUAAAUACAUGAAAACUUGUCAACAAAAUGAUAGCUAUUCCUGUGGCGUACAUGCUAUUGCAAAUAGUGUAGCUUUGCUAAAUAAUAUUGAUCCAAGCAAUCUUUGUUAUAAAAUUGAAGAAAUGAGAGAUCAUUUGUAUAAUAUACUUAAAACAGAAGAUGUAUCAAUGUUUCCAAUAGACCCAUCAAUCUCUAUUGAAAUGUGUGAAGAAAUACAAAAUAACGAAAAUAAUAGUGACUCUGAAGAUGAUAUGUUAAUGAAAAUUGCAAAACUUAUAGACGAUUGUGUGUCUCCUUUAAAUAAGAGAAAACGUGAUGAAGAAGAAAGUACUGAAGAUGUAAAUAAAGAAAAAGAAAAAGAAGAAAAACCAAUUAGCCAACUUAAUAAGAAGAUUAAAAUUGAAAAGGAAGAAGAUAAAGGAAAACUUGUAGAUAUUUUUGAAGAUGAUGAUAAUAUACCAAUACCAAAUGAAGAUGUAAUGCUUCUUGAUCUAGAUGCAUAUGAAGCAGCAGCAAGCAAAAUUAAAAUUAUGGCACCUGGACAGGGCAAGAAACCUAUAUAUUUUGAUUCUAAUAAAAACCUAGAAGAAUUGUCAUUUCCAAAGAUAUAUUGUGGAGAAAAAUAUAGAAUUGAAAAAAUUUACUACCAUCAACGUGUUAAAUCAGAAUUGCGUAGAAAAGAUCCACGAUGUCGUAUACCAAAGAAAGUAUUGUACAUGACUAGUGUUAAAUUGAGAAAUUCUGUUACAAGUACAGUAAACACAUGUCUGAGAAAAUCGAAAAAUGUUCAAGAUGUAACUGCUGGUGAUGCACUUAGUGAUAAAAAAAUGGAUAAACUAGUUGAAGUUGAUGAUGGUUUUAGAUUCCUUAAAAAUAAUGCUCUUACUCCUGCAUACAAUGCAGAAAAACAACAAUUAAUUCUUGCUAUGGUUAGACAAUUGGGUAAACCACAUUUGUUUCUUACUAUUACCUGUUCUGAAAUGCAUUGUCCAGAACUAUUGCAAAAUCUAGCAAAACAAUCAGGAAAAAAAUUGUCACCCACUGAAAGUAUGAAUCUUGAAAAAGCCGAUAGAACUUUAAUGAUUCAAAAUGAUCCCGUAUCUUGUGUAAGAUAUUUUUCAAACAAGUCUAAGAAUUUGAUGAAAAUGUUGACUAUUGAUCCUAACGAAAAACCAGGAAAAUGUGGUCCAUUUGGAGAUAAUUUUGUUAUUGAUUAUUUUGAAAGAGUUGAAUUUCAAAUGAGAGGAAGUCCACAUAUGCACAUACUAUUGUGGUGUAAAGAUAUCCCUGAUUUUGACCAAAACAACCCUGAAUCUGUUGAAAAAACUAUUAAAUUCAUUGAUAAAAUUGCUACAUGCAAAUACAAAGACCCUAAAAAGUUUCCUCUAAUCAAGAGACAAAUGCAUAGGCAUUCUGAAACAUGUUACAAAGGAAAGAGAAAACGAUGUAGAUUUAAUAUCCCUAUUCCACCUAUGGAUAAAACUGAAAUUUUGUGGCCUUUUACUGAAGAAGAGAGUAAAUUACAAAACCUAGAAAAUCUAAAGCUAAUAUAUGUAAAGAUUGAAAAUGAAGUUAAGAACUUUUCACUAAAAUUUGUUGAUAUGUCUUUUGAUGAUUUUAUGCUAAAACUUGGUAUUACCAGAGAAAAGUAUAUAUUAGCAAUAAGAUCUCGUAUUAAGCGACCUCGUGUGUUCCUUAAACGAAGCACUAUGGAAGUUAAUAUUAAUGCAUAUAAUGAAGACAUUCUAAAUUAUACUGAAUCAAAUAUGGACAUUCAACCUGUAUGUGAAGUAUAUGCAUUGGCAAAAUACCUUGUUGACUAUGUAACAAAAGUUGACUCAGCUCUAGCAAAAAUUUUGAAAGACAUUUCUGAUGAGAUCAAAGUAAACAAGAAUUAUACAUUGCAAGAAAGGAUGCGUAAAUAUGCAAGUGCAUUUCUUAAUAGUAAACUAGUAAGUGCUCAAGAAGCUGCUUAUUAUUGUUUGUCAAUUCCAAUGACUCAAUGUAGUAGAUCAAAUGUUUACAUAAAUACUAGACCUAUAAAUGAGCGAACAAGAAUGUUGAAACAGAUAAAACAAUUGAGACAACUACCCCCAGAUUCCAAAGAUAUAUUUGCUCAAGAUAUUAUUCAAAAGUAUCAAAAGAGAAAACAAGAACUAAAUGAUGUAACUUUGAUUGAAUAUGCAGCAGAUUAUACUGAGGUUAAGAGAAGCAAAGAAGAGGAUGAUAGUGAUGAUGAGAAAGACAUAAGUGUAAGGAAAAGGUCAAAAAUUGUUAGAUUUAAGAGAUAUGAUAAGCUUCAGGAUGAACACCAAUACUAUCGUAUGCAAUGUUUGUUGUAUUUUCCAUUUAGAGAUGAAAAGACUGAAAUUGAAGAUGCUGAUUGUAAGCAAAUUUAUCUUAAAAAUUUCGAAGCGAUAAAACAGGUGCGAGAUAAAUUUAAUUUUAUAUCUGAAGAAGAAGUAAUUGAAGCUAUGGGAAAAGUUCGUGAUGUAAACAGUGACGAUGAUGAUGAUGAUCCUGUGAACAAACCCGUAUCCAAGUCCCAAGAAUUUCAUUUUACACCUCCUGAAGAGAAGCCCGGUGAUAAAAAACCGCGUAAGUACAUUACUCCAGUUAGAAUUACUAAAGAAGAAUUGUGCCAAAAUAUGCAAUCCCUCAAUGAAAAACAAAGGCAAAUUGUAAUGCACAUAUACAAGUGUUUCACAUCAAAUACCUUGCCAAUACGUAUAUUCCUUUCUGGCUCUGCUGGCGUAGGUAAAACCCGUGUAAUUAAUUGCCUGUAUCAACUAAUCACACAUCAUUUCGAUAAUUUGCCCAAUAGUAACCCUGAAUCUAUGAAGGUAUUGCUUUGUGCACCAAGUGGCAUGGCAGCAUUUUUGAUUAAUGGAAUGACCCUACAUUUGGCUUUUGCUCUACCUAAUACCCAAAACCCCGUAGAUAUUGACCACUUUUCAGAAGAUAUUGCAAAUACAAUUCGUUGUGAAUUUAAAGACGUGAAACUAAUUGUAAUUGAUGAAGUUUCAAUGGUAGGCUCAAAUACCUCAGUGAAAGUUAGUCAGCGACUAAUACAAAUUGUUGGAGUUCACCAAAGCUUUGGCGGAAUAUCAGUUAUUUUUGUAGGAGAUCUUAACCAAAUAGCACCUGUUGGAGAUAAAUCCAUAUUUCGUGCCCCAGAUAAAAGUAAUGCAGGUAUACUAGAUAUAAAUCCACUUUGGGAGGAAUUUAAAUAUUUUGAACUAACCGAAAUAAUGCGUCAAAAAGAUGAUUUGAACUUUACGAAUGCAUUGAAUAACUUGGCCAUUGGAAAAAUGACAGAAAAGGAUAUAAGUCUUAUUAGAUCUAGAACGGUUAAAAAUGUAAAUGAAGUUCCACCGGAAGCAAUACGAUUGUUUGCUACUCGUAGAAAUGUAGAUGAGUUUAACGAACGAAAAAUUGCAAAUUAUCCAGGAGAACUACAUACGUUUGUAGCUAUAGAUAAAGUAAUGAGCGACAAAAAGUCUAAACCUAAAAGUGAAAAUGAACAAAAUAAAAUCCUUAAAGAUAUAGAAAAUCGAGAUCCAAGUAAAAGCGCUGGAGCUGUCCAUACCUUGCAUUUGAAGUUGGGUAUAAAAUAUAUGAUUAUUAAAAAUAUCGAUGUUUCAGACGGUCUAGUUAAUGGAGCUGCAGGUAUACUUCGCCAUAUAACUUUUGAUUCAAAAAAUAAUAUAGGUGUAAUAUGGCUAGAAUUUCUUGAAGAUCGUGUCGGUAAGAAAAUUACAAAAGAGCAGCGGUAUCAAAAUUAUCUUAAAAAGCAUAAUUUGAAAGAAAAUCUUGUACCACUUGAGAAAUGCAAUUUCGUUUUUAGAUUGAAUAAUAAAACUACGACUACAAUAUCAAGAACGCAAUUUCCAGUCAUGCCGGCAGAAGCUAUAACGAUACAUAAGAGUCAGGGACAAACGUACCAAUCUAUAUGUCUUGAUUUUACUAAACUAGAAAGAAUUACAUUGUGCAUGACGUAUGUAGCACUUAGUAGAGUAACAUCACUAAAUGGAUUGUAUAUCAUUGGAACAUUUAUUCCACAACGCCUUUCACAUAGUGGACAACGGAUAAUUAACGAAAUUCAUAAAUUGAGAACGGAAAAACGUCUUAAAGACUUUUUUGAAGAUGUUCGUAGAGUAGACCCGAAAAAAGUAAAAAUUUGUUAUCAAAAUAUUGUCUCAUUGCAUAAACACUUUAAUGAUAUUGAUACGGAUUCAUGGUACAAAUGCUUCAAUAUUGUAAUAUUUUCGGAAACGAAAACACAUAAGAAUUAUUCUAUUCCGUCUUUCAAAGGUUACAACGUUUUAUAUAGACAAGACAAUGAGAUAGAAAAUAUUGGAGGUCUUUUGUGUUUGAUUAAAAAUGAGGAUAAAUCGAAAAUUAACGUAAUAGCGGAAGAUACUAGAAUCGAUCAUACUAAGAAAUUUAGCUUGAGUUUGUUUGCUUUGGAAUACGGAAAACAAUUUUAUAUUAUUUCUGGGUACAAGUCGCCGAAGGUACCAUUUGAAGUAUUUAAAAAUUCAUUCGAAACUAUUUACUCGAAAAUCCCUAAAUAUUCAGAAAUUAUUCUUAUUGGCGAUUUCAAUUUUAAUCUUUCUGCAAAUAAUACGGAUAAGAGAUUUUUAAAAUACGUCGCAGAAUAUAAUUUGGAAACUAAGCUUAAUCCCGAACAAGCUACUACAAAGUAUGAUAGUCAAAUAGACGUAGUUUUGAGUAAUAUACCGGAACAUAAUUUUUCAGCAGGAAUAUACGAAUCUUAUUUCUCUGAUCAUCGCCCAGUUUAUUGUAUAGUAGGAGAAAAUGAACAAGCAAAGAAACCCGAUAAAGAUAUUGAAAAGUCACCCAAACGGUCCUAUACACCCGAACAUUUACCAACACCUAAAGUAGUCAAAGUCCCUAAACCUAGUGAUUCUCCAACAACAAGUAAGAAAGUAGUUAAAGAUAAGAGUCCGGAAAAACCUAUAAAUCCACCCAAUAAAGGCACUAAUAUUCCAGAACCAGAACGCGAUAAUUGUUGGCCACCUGAUUUUGUAAUUGAUUUCUGGAAAGACUAUGAUAUUACAUCAGCCACACAAUAUGUAGUGACAGAUCACAUAUACCGUUUCAUGGAUAUCCUUAAUGAAAAAUAUCCCGAAUUUAAAAAAGUUACCCCUGAAUUUGGAUUUAGUAGUGUAGACGAAGGAAGUAAAUGUCCAGUAAUUCCACCAAAUAGAAGACACUUGCAAAUUAUUGCUACAAAUGAAAAUGUGCCGAAUUUUAUAGGACAUUAUACACUUGCGGUGUACAACGGCAAUGAUAUAAUAGAUUAUUACGAUUCCUUAAAUGGUAGAGUACUUAAUCAACAAGCUAAAAAUAUUCUAAGUAAAUUGCAUCCACAUUUGAAACCACUAACGAAAUAUAUUAGAUUUAAUAAAGUUAUGCCACAACCGGAUAAUGUGAUGUGCGGAAUUUUUGCCAUGGCCAAUGCAGUUAGUUAUGUGUUAGGAAAAGACCCAUGUGAUCAGAAAUAUAUAAUACCAAGAAUGAGAGAUCACCUUAAAAAUAUUUUGGAAAGUGGAGUUAUUUUGCCAUUCCCCACAGAGUAGAUAAUGCGCAAUUGAAAUUAAAAUUUGUUUAAAAUAAAUAAUAAAUAGGCGUAUGAGUAUAUUUCUUAGUUUAUUUUAGUUAGUAGUUUUGCCCCACACUAACUCCUCGGCCGCCUCCUUUCAUGGGAGGCGGUGCGUAGCAGUUUGAUGCGCCGGCUCAACGAUACAAGAGGUAAGAAAACAAUUUCUAACUUUUAUCAUAAUAUUUUAUUAUUUAUCUAUUUAUAAUUUAUGUUUUAUUUGUAGUAUUUAUGAGAAAGUUUCUAAAUUAGUUUUUGUUAAAUUUUCUAGCCGGCUCACAACUUGUUCCGGAACACUCCUCGGUCGCCUCCUGCCAUCGGAGGCGAACCGCAGCAGCUGUCUCCGGCUCAAAAUCAGCCGGACUGGGCCAUCGCCAACAACAGGCCCACCAAAAAACUGUAUUUCCUCGGCCGCCUCCUGUCAUAGGAGGCGCACCGCAGCUGCUAGACCCGGCUUGGACGACACGAUAGCCGGAAUAAAUCACAUCCGCUACUAGUUCCGGAACUCUCCUCGGCCGCCUCCUUUCAUAGGAGGCGCACCGCAGCAGCUGUAUCCGGACUGUAUGAAGCAUUCUUCAGCCGGACUGGGCAGCAUCAAUAGGCCCACUUCUUCCAAAGUUUCCUCGGCCGCCUCCUCAAGUAGGAGGCGUACCGCAGCUGCUUUAUCUGGCUCUAACGAUACAACAUCCGAAAUAAAAUCACAUUCACCACUACUUCCGGAAGUCUUCUCGGCCACCUCCUUCAAUGGAGGCGCACCGCAGCUGUAUUAUCCGGCAUUCCAUUACCUAGCCGGAUUGAGCAACAUUCGUCAAGAGGCCCACGGUUUCUGAAAUCUCCUCGGCCGCCUCCUCAAGUAGGAGGAGCACCGCAGCUGCUAGAUCUGGUCCGGAUGACAUGACAGAAUGACUUCGCAUCCACCAAGUAGCACUGUCACUUCCGGAACGCUCAUCGGCCAUUGAAGUUCAAUGAAGAAAAAUUUUUAUCGACAUUGGGAGUUCCAAUUCUUUUUUGUUUAAAAUUAGCCAGCAUUUUGUCUAAUCCUCAUCCGUCAAAGGACGUCACAAUUUAAAUACUUAUAUUUUAUCAUGAACUGUAUUCAGUAGAGAGUUACAAUUGAGAUGGGCGUUAUUCAGUGUAAAGAACGUUGUACUCGUUGAACAAACACCUGUUCGUUGCAAGAUUGUUAAUCUUCUUGUGGGACUACGGAUUUGAAAAUUUGAACCACUUGUUAUGAGUUGUAUUCAGCCCAGUGUGAUGGCGGUAUUCGUUAGGCCGUAGUGCAGAUAUGGGAUAAGAUCUCACUCGGUCAGGAAUGCUGCGUGUGAUGUGUUUGGAACCGGAGGUAUUUGAUCGGCUGUAGUGCAGAUAUGAGAUAAGAUCUCACUCGGUCAGGAAUGCCUGCGUGUGCGUGUUUGGGACCGGCGGCAUUUGAUAGGCUGUAGUGUAGAUAUGAGAUAAGAUCUCACUCGGUCAGGAAUGUCUCCGCUGGUGGUUUGUUGUGGCUCGGGAUGUCCGGUAGGCCGUAGUGUAGAUAUGAGAUAAGAUCUCACUCGGUCAGGGAUGUCUCUGUGAAUGGUGUGUGCGGGACAGGUGAUAUUCGGUAGUCUGUAGCGCAGAUAUGAGAAAAGAUCUCGCUCGGACAGGAAUGUCUCCUUCGCUCCCAACACUACAGUGGUCGGCCCAAAAGAUCAGUGGCCAGAUGAUAAAAAAAAAUAUCGCGUAGGUUCCCUGGUAACUCAGGAUGAUUGCAAUCGAACAGCGCCGUGUGGGCGGAAGACGAGAUGAAUGCGAAGUGCAUGGAUAAAGCUAUCUCCAUACUUACUCUCGAAGUUUAAUUGUUAUAUUGUUGUUAAAAAAAAUCUGCUCUAUGAUGUAAUUGUUGUUCAUAUUCUAGUAGAGAAGUAAUGAGUAUCUUUCAAGGUAAUUUAAUGCGAAAGCCUUCUUUGAAUCAAUCAAUCAAUUUUGUGAAGAUUGUUAGCGGUUUAGAAUUAUUAGAUUAGAUUAAGAAUAUUUGAUUACAAAAAAUUGUACGAUUGAGCAUUACAUUAUAAAAGCAAGGAAUAAAAUAAAAUACGAAUGAAAUUAA